CACGCCUCAUUGUGGACUUCUCCCUAGGCUGUGUGACCGAGACUCCGCGAGAGACUGAGGAGAGGACCGAGGAGAGGACCGGAAGGAGGGGCGGGCUCCUGGCUAGGCAUUCGCUCCUGGACGAGUCCUGCAAAAGAUGGAGAAGGAGGAGGAGGCAACGCGGGAGCUGCUGCUGCCCAACUGGCAGGGCAGCGGCUCCCACGGGCUGACCAUUGCCCAGAGGGACGAUGGCGUCUUCGUGCAGGAGGUCAUGCAGAACUCCCCUGCGGCCCGCACGGGGGUGGUCAAGGAGGGGGACCAGAUUGUGGGUGCCACCAUCUACUUUGACAACCUGCAGUCGGGCGAGGUGACACAGCUGCUGAGUACCAUGGGGCACCACACGGUGGGUCUGAAGCUGCAGCGGAAGGGGGACCGCUCCCCUGAGCCGGGCCAGACCUGGACGCACGAAGUCUUCAGCUCCCGCACCUCUGAAGUGGUUCUGGUGAGUGCCUCGCCGGCCCGUCCACGCCCUGAGCUCCCGGCCACGCCGCCCGCCAGGGACCAGAUUGUGGGUGCCACCAUCUACUUUGACAACCUGCAGUCGGGCGAGGUGACACAGCUGCUGAGUACCAUGGGGCACCACACGGUGGGUCUGAAGCUGCAGCGGAAGGGGGACCGCUCCCCUGAGCCGGGCCAGACCUGGACGCACGAAGUCUUCAGCUCCCGCACCUCUGAAGUGGUUCUGAGCGGGGAUGACGAGGAGUACCAGCGCAUCUAUGCCACGAAGAUCAAGCCCCGGCUGAAGUCGGAGGACGGAGUGGAAGGGGAGCCUGGGGAGACCCAGAGCCGCACCAUCACGGUGACCAGAAGGGUCACGGCCUACACUGUGGAUGUGACGGGCCGGGAAGGAGCCAAGGACAUCGACAUCAGCAGCCCUGAGUUCAAGUUCAAGAUUCCACGGCACGAGCUGACCGAAAUCUCCACUGUGGAUGUGGAGACCCAGUCUGGGAAGACAGUGAUCCGGCUGCCCUCGGGCUCGGGGGCAGCGUCUCCGGCCACAGGCUCUGCUGUGGACAUUCGAGCAGGCUCCAUUGCCACCUCGGGACCAGAGCUCCAUGGUGCUGGCCACUCGAAGCUGCAGGUCACCGUGCCGGGGAUAAAGGAUGUGGAUCUGAGCCUUGGGUCCUCCAAGCUGAGAGGAGAUAUUAAGGUUUCUGCUCCGGGAAUGCAAGGUGAUGUCAAAGGCCCUCAAGUGGCAGUUAAAGGCUCCAAAGUGGACAUAGAGACACCCAGCCUAGAGGGGACUCUGGUAGGACCGAAGCUGAGUGGUCCUUCUGGAAAAAUGGGAACCUGCAGUAUCUCCAUGGCAGAUGUAGACUUAAAUGUGGCUGCACCGAAAGUGAAAGGGGGUGUAGAUGUCACCCUCCCCAAAGUAGAAGGGAAAGUCAAAAUCCCCGAGAUGGAUGUCAAAGGCCCCAAAGUGGAUGUCAGCGCCCCAGAUGUGGAACUUCAUGGCCCGGAAUGGAACCUGAAAAUGCCCAAGAUGAAAAUGCCCAAGUUCAGCACUCCAGGAGUCAAAGGAGAAGGCUCAGAUAUAGACGUAAAUCUACCCAAAGGAGAUGUCCGUAUUACGGGGCCCAACGUCAACAUGGAAGCUCCAGAUGUCAACAUAGGAGGCCUGGGGGGCAAACUUAAAGGUCCUGAUAUGAAGUUGCCUGAAGUGAGUGUCAAGACACCAAAGAUCUCCAUGCCUGACGUAGAUCUGCAUGUGAAAGGCCCCAAGGUGAAAGGAGAGUACGAUGUAACGGUGCCAAAACUUGAAGGGGAACUGAAAGGCCCCCAGAUGGACGUUAAUGCCCCAGAUGUGGAUGUUCACGGCCCAGAAUGGCAUCUGAAGAUGCCCAAGAUGAAAAUGCCCAAGUUCAGUGUGCCAGGGUUCAAAGCAGAGGGCCCAGAUGUGGAUGUGAACCUGCCCAAGCCUGAUGUGGACAUUUCCGGGCCCAAGGUAGAUGUGACUGCUCCAGAUGUGAGAAUUGAGGGACCAGAAGGAAAAUUGAAAGGACCCAAAUUUAAGAUGCCCGAGAUGAAUAUCAAGGCCCCGAAGAUCUCCAUGCCAGAUGUGGACUUACAUUUGAAAGGCCCUAGCGUAAAAGGAGAAUACGAUGUUACGGUGCCAAAGGCUGAAGGUGAGAUUAAAGUUCCUGAUGUUGAACUUAAAAGUGCCAAGUUGGACAUUGAUGUUCCAGAUGUGGACGUUCAAGGCCCAGACUGGAACUUGAAGAUGCCCAAAAUGAAAAUGCCCAAGUUCAGCAUGCCUGGCUUCAAAGCAGAGGGCCCAGACGUGGAUGUGAACCUGCCCAAAGCUGACAUUGGCAUCUCAGGACCCAAGGUGGAUGUGGACAUUCCAGAUGUGAAUAUUGAAGGACCUGAAGGGAAGCUGACAGGUCCCAAGUUUAAGAUGCCUGAGAUGAACAUCAAGGCCCCCAAGAUCUCCAUGCCUGAGGUGGACUUGCACAUGAAAGGUCCCAAGGUAAAGGGAGAAUAUGAUGUUACAGUGCCAAAGCUGGAAGGUGACCUGAAAGGGCCAAAAGUAGAUGUCAGUGCCCCAGAUGUUGAAGUUCAUGGUCCUGAUUGGAACCUCAAGAUGCCCAAGAUGAAAAUGCCCAAAUUUACCAUGCCCAGCCUCAAAGGAGAGGGUCCAGAAUUGGAUGUGAACCUGCCCAAGGCUGAUGUAGACCUUUCUGCACCCAAGAUCGAUGUUAGUGCUCCAGAUCUGAGCCUUGAGGGACCUGAAGGGAAGUUGAAAGGCCCCAAGUUCAAGAUGCCUGAGAUGCACUUCAAAGCUCCUAAGAUGACUCUGCCAGAUGUUGACCUCAAUCUUAAAGGACCCAAAAUGAAAGGAAAUCUAGAGAUGUCUGCACCAAAACUAGAAGGUGAGAUGACAGUUCCAGACGUGGACCUCAAAGGGCCCAGCGUAGACAUUAAAGCACCAGAUGUGGAAGUACAAGGUGGAGACUGGAGCCUGAAAAUGCCCAAGAUGAAAAUGCCCAAGUUCAGCGUGCCUGGCUUCAAAGCAGAGGGCCCAGAAGUGGAUGUGAACCUGCCCAAGGCUGACAUCGACAUCUCUGGACCCAAGGUUGACAUAGAAGCUCCAGACGUGAGCCUUGAGGGACCAGAAGGGAAGCUGAAGGGUCCCAAGUUCAAGAUGCCUGACAUGCACUUCAAGGCCCCCAAGAUCUCCAUGCCUGAUGUGGACUUCAACUUGAAAGGCCCCAAAGUCAAAGGGGAUGUGGAUGUGUCAGUGCCCAAGAUAGAAGGUGAAAUGAAAGUGCCAGAUGUGGACAUCAAAGGACCCAAAGUGGACGUUGAUGUCCCAGAUGUGGAUGUGCAUGGACCAGACUGGCAUCUGAAGAUGCCCAAGAUGAAAAUGCCCAAGUUCAGCAUGCCGGGCUUCAAAGGAGAGGGCCCCGAAGUGGAUGUGAACCUGCCCAAGGCUGACAUUGACAUCUCCGGACCCAAGGUUGACAUUGAAGCUCCAGAUGUGAGUCUUGAGGGACCAGAAGGGAAGCUGAAGGGUCCAAAGUUUAAGAUGCCUGACAUGCACUUCAAGGCUCCCAAGAUCUCCAUGCCUGAUGUGAACUUGAAUCUUAAGGGACCAAAACUAAAAGGAGAUGCGGAUGUGUCUUUGCCUGAUGUAGAAGGUGAAAUAAAAGUGCCAGAUGUCAACCUUAAAGGGCCCAAAGCUGACAUCAGUGCUCCAGAUGUGGAUAUUCAUGGCCCAGACUGGCACCUGAAGAUGCCCAAGGUGAAAAUGCCCAAGUUCAGCAUGCCGGGCUUCAAAGGAGAGGGCCCAGAAGUGGAUGUGAACCUGCCCAAGGCUGACUUUGAUGUCUCAGGACCCAAGGUGGAUGUUGAAGUUCCAGAUGUGAACAUUGAAGGUCCAGAUGCAAAACUAAAAGGUCCUAAAUUUAAGAUGCCAGAAAUGAACAUAAAGCCUCAGAAGAUACCAAUACCAGAUGUUGGUUUGCAUUUGAAAGGUCCUAAAAUGAAAGUAGAUUAUGACGUGACUGUCCCAAAAGUAGAAGGAGAGAUACAGACUCCUGAUGUCAACAUUAAAGGACCCAAAGUAGACAUUAAUGCACCAGACAUGGGAGUUCAUGGCCCAGACUGGCACCUGAAGAUGCCCAAGGUGAAGAUGCCCAAGUUCAGCAUGCCAGGCUUCAAAGGAGAGGGCCCAGAAGUGGAUGUGAACCUGCCCAAGGCUGACAUCGACAUCUCUGGACCCAAGGUUGACAUUGAAGCCCCAGACGUGAGCCUUGAGGUACCAGAAGGGAAGCUGAAGGGCCCCAAGUUCAAGAUGCCUGACAUGCACUUCAAGACUCCCAAGAUCUCCAUGCCUGAUGUGGACUUACACUUGAAAGGCCCCAAAGUCAAAGGCGAUGUCGAUGUGUCUGUGCCGAAAUUGGAGGGAGAUUUGAAGGGCCCCAGCGUGGAUGUGAAGGUGCCUGACGUUGAUCUCGAAUGUCCUGAUGCAAAGUUGAAAGGGCACAAGUUCAAGAUGCCUGACAUGCACUUCCAUGCCCCCAAGAUCUCCAUGCCUGAUGUGGACUUCAACUUAAAGGGGCCUAAAAUUAAAGGAGACUUUGAUGUUUCAGCCCCAAAGAUGGAAGGAGAGCUAAAGGGUCCAGAACUGGAUGUUAAGGGCCCCAAAUUGGAUGUUGACAUGCCAGAUGUAGCUGUGGAAGGCCCAGAUGGCAAAUGGAAAAGUCCUAAAUUCAAGAUGCCAGACAUGCAUUUUAAAACUCCUAAAAUCUCCAUGCCAGACAUUAAUCUACACUUAAAAAGCCCCAAGGUCAAGGGAGAGGUGGAUGUCGAUGUUCCCAAAUUGGAAGGCGACCUCAAAGGUGACAUCAGUGGGCCAGAUAUCGACAUUGAAGGACCUGAGGGCAAAUUGAAAGGCCCCAAGUUCAAGAUGCCUGACAUGCAUUUCAAAGCCCCAAAUAUAUCUAUGCCUGAUGUGGACCUAAAUCUGAAAGGACCGAAAAUCAAGGGGGAUGUCGAUGUGUCUGUGCCUGAAGUAGAAGGUAAAAUUAAAGUACCAGAUGUGAACGUCAAGGGCCCCAAAGUAGACAUAAGUGCUCCUGAAGUUCAUGGCCCAGACUGGCACCUGAAGAUGCCCAAGAUGAAAAUGCCCAAGUUCAGCAUGCCAGGCUUCAAAGCAGAGGGCCCAGAAGUGGAUGUGAAUCUUCCCAAGGCUGACAUUGAUGUCUCAGGACCCAAAGUUGACAUUGAAGCCCCAGAUGUGAGCAUUGAGGGUCCAGAGGGAAAAAUCAAGGGGCCUAAAUUUAAGAUGCCAGAGAUGAACAUCAAAGCCCCAAAGAUCUCCAUGCCUGAUGUAGAUUUACAUUUGAAAGGUCCUAAGGUCAAAGGAGACAUAGACCUUUCCCUGCCGAAGGUGGAAGGUGACCUCAAGGGCCCCAAAGUGGACAUUGAUGCCCCAGAUGUGGAUGUUCAAGGCCCAGACUGGCACCUGAAGAUGCCCAAGAUGAAAAUGCCCAAGUUCAGCAUGCCAGGCUUCAAAGGAGAGGGCCCAGAAGUGGAUGUGAACCUGCCCAAGGCUGAUAUUGACAUCUCCGGACCCAAGGUUGACAUUGAAGCCCCAGACGUGAACAUUGAGGGCCCAGAAGGAAAACUGAAAGGCCCUAAGUUCAAGAUGCCUGACAUGCACUUCCAUGCCCCCAAGAUCUCCAUGCCUGAUUUGCAUCUGAAAGGUCCCAAAGUCAAGGGUGAUAUGGACGUUUCUCUGCCUAAAGUGGAAGGCCCUGAAGUUGACAUCAAGGGCCCCAAAGUGGACAUUGCUGCACCAGAUGUGGAUGUUCAAGGGCCAGACUGGCACCUGAAGAUGCCCAAAGUGAAAAUGCCCAAGUUCAGCAUGCCAGGCUUCAAAGGAGAGGGCCCUGAAGUGGAUGUGACCCUGCCCAAGGCUGACAUCGAUGUCUCGGCACCCAAAGUGGACCUUGAAUGUCCUGAUGUGAAUAUUGAAGGGCCUGAAGGAAAGUGGAAAAGUCCAAAGUUUAAGAUGCCUGAUAUGCAUUUUAAGACACCAAAGAUCUCCAUGCCAGAUAUUGAUCUUAACCUAACAGGACCCAAAAUAAAAGGCGAUAUGGAUGUCACAGGUCCCAAGAUCGAGGGAGAUCUGAAAGGUCCUGAAGUUGACCUCAAAGGCCCCAAAGUGGACAUUGAUGUUCCAGAUGUGGAUGUUCAUGGCCCAGACUGGCACCUGAAGAUGCCCAAGAUGAAAAUGCCCAAGUUCAGCAUGCCUGGCUUCAAAGCAGAAGGCCCAGAAGUGGAUGUGAACCUCCCCAAGGCUGACAUUGAUGUAACUGGACCCAAGGUGGACAUUGAGGGCCCUGAUGUUAACAUUGAAGGGCCAGAAGGAAAGUUGAAAGGUCCUAAGUUCAAGAUGCCUGAGAUGAACAUCAAGGCCCCCAAGAUCUCCAUGCCUGACUUUGACAUGCAUCUGAAAGGUCCCAAAGUAAAGGGUGAUGUUGAUGUUUCUCUGCCUAAAGUUGAAGGCCCUGAAGUCGACAUCAAGGGCCCCAAAGUGGACGUUGAUGUCCCAGACGUGGAUGUUCACGGCCCAGACUGGCACCUGAAGAUGCCCAAGGUGAAAAUGCCCAAGUUCAGUAUGCCAGGCUUCAAAGGAGAGGGCCCAGAAGUGGAUGUGAACCUGCCCAAGGCUGACUUUGAUGUCUCAGGACCCAAGGUGGACAUUGAAGGUCCUGAUGUGAAUAUCGAAGGCCCAGAUGCGAAACUGAAGGGCCCCAAGUUCAAGAUGCCUGAGAUGAACAUCAAAGCUCCUAAGAUCUCCAUGCCUGACAUUGAUCUGAACCUGAAAGGCCCCAAAGUGAAAGGUGAUGUGGACGUGUCUUUACCAAAAAUGGAAGGUGAGAUUAAAGUUCCUGAAGUGGAUAUUAAAGGCCCUAAAGUGGACAUUGACGUUCCAGAUGUGGAUGUUCAUGGUCCUGAUUGGCACCUGAAGAUGCCCAAGGUGAAAAUGCCCAAGUUCAGCAUGCCGGGCUUCAAAGGAGAGGGCCCUGAAGUGGAUGUGAACCUGCCCAAAGCUGACUUUGAUGUCUCAGGACCCAAGGUGGACAUUGAAGGUCCAGAUGUGAAUAUCGAAGGUCCAGAUGCAAAACUGAAGGGCCCCAAGUUCAAGAUGCCAGAGAUGAACAUCAAAGCUCCUAAGAUCUCCAUGCCAGAUUUGGACCUUAAUCUUAAAGGCCCUAAAAUGAAAGGAGAGGUGGAUGUUUCACUUCCAAAUGUAGAAGGUGAUUUGAAAGGGCCUACUCUUGACAUCAAGGGCCCGAAGGUAGAUCUAGAUGCUCCGGCUGUUGACAUUCAUGGUCCAGAAGGCAAACUAAAAGGCCCCAAAGUGAAGAUGCCUGACAUGCAUGUAAACAUGCCCAAGAUCUCCAUGCCAGAAAUUGACCUGAAUUUGAAAGGUUCAAAGCUUAAGGGAGAGGUUGAUGUUUCUGGGCCCAAAUUAGAAGGUGACAUUAAAGCUCCCAAGUUGGAUGUAAAGGGCCCAGAAGUGGACAUUUCUGGUCCUAAGCUCAAUAUUGAAGGCAAGUCAAAGAAAUCUCGUUUUAAGCUUCCCAAAUUUAAUUUUUCGGGCUCCAAAGUCCAGACACCUGAGGUGGAUGUCAAAGUUAAAAAGCCAGAUAUUGAUGUAACAGGCCCGAAAGUUGACAUCAACGCUCCUGAUGUCGAAGUCCAAGGAAAAGUAAAAGGCUCCAAGUUCAAAAUGCCUUUCCUGAGUAUUUCAUCCCCUAAAGUUUCUAUGCCUGAUGUAGAGUUAAACCUGAAAAGUCCUAAAGUCAAAGGAGACUUGAAUGUGGCAGGCCCGGAUGUAGAAGGUGACUUUAAAGGACCCCAAGUGGAUAUUAAGGCACCAGAAGUCCAUCUUGAUGCACCUGAUGUGGAUGUUCAUGGUCCAGACUGGAAUUUGAAAAUGCCCAAGAUGAAAAUGCCCAAGUUUGGUGUGCCUGGCUUCAAAGCAGAAGGGCCAGAUAUGUCUGUGGAUCUGCCAAAAGGAGAUAUCAACAUAGAGGCUCCCAAAGUGGACAUUGAGGGCCCAGAAAUCAAUGUGGAAGGUCUAGAAGGAGGCUUAAAAGGUCCCAGACUCAAGAUGCCUGACAUGAAUAUUAAAGCUCCCAAGAUCUCCAUGCCUGACAUUGAUUUAAAUCUGAAGGGUCCCAAGGUAAAAGGUGAUGUGGAUGUUUCUCUUCCCAAAGUGGAAGGAGAGCUGAAAGGUCCAGGGAUUGACAUCAAAGGGCCCAAAGUGGACAUCGAUGCCCCUGAUGUAGACGUUCAUGGCCCAGACUGGCACCUGAAAAUGCCCAAGGUGAAAAUGCCCAAGUUCAGCAUGCCGGGCUUCAAAGCAGAGGGCCCGGAUGUGGACGUAAACCUUCCCAAGGCCGACAUUGAUGUUCCCGAUGUGAGUCUCGAAGGUCCAGAUGCGAAACUGAAGGGCCCCAAAUUCAAGAUGCCUGAGAUGAACAUCAAAGCUCCCCAAAUCUCCAUGCCUGACAUUGAUCUGAACCUGAAGGGCCCCAAAAUGAAGGGCGAUGUAGACGUGUCUUUGCCAAAAGUGGAAGGUGACCUAAAGGGCCCUGAGGUGGACAUCAAGGGCCCCAAAGUGGACAUUGACACUCCUGACAUUAACAUUGAAGGCCCAGAGGGGAAAUUGAAGGGGCCUAAAUUCAAGAUGCCAGAGAUGCACCUAAAGGCUCCCAAGCUCUCCAUGCCUGACAUUGACUUAAACCUGAAAGGCCCCAAGGUGAAGGGUGAUAUGGACGUUUCUCUUCCCAAGAUGGAAGCGGAUCUGAAAGGCCCUGAGAUUGACAUCAAAGGUCCAAAAGUGGACAUGAAUGCCCCUGAUGUGGACGUCCAUGGCCCAGACUGGCACCUGAAGAUGCCCAAGGUGAAAAUGCCCAAAUUCAGCAUGCCUGGCUUCAAAGGAGAGGGCCCAGAAGUGGAUGUGAACCUGCCCAAAGCUGACAUCGAUGUCUCAGCACCCAAAGUGGACCUGGAAGGCCCUGACAUGAAUAUUGAGGGACCUGAGGGAAAGCUGAAAGGUCCUAAGUUCAAAAUGCCGGAGAUGAGCAUCAAGGCCCCCAAGAUCUCCAUGCCUGACUUCGAUUUGCAUCUGAAAGGUCCUAAGGUCAAAGGAGAUGUGGAUGUUGCCCUGCCUAAGGUGGAAGGUGACCUGAAAGGCCCUGAAGUUGACAUCAAGGGCCCCAAAGUGGACAUUAAUGCACCAGAUGUGGAUGUUCAUGGCCCAGACUGGCACCUGAAAAUGCCCAAGAUGAAAAUGCCCAAGUUCAGCAUGCCUGGCUUCAAAGCAGAAGGCCCAGAAGUGGAUGUGAACCUCCCCAAGGCUGACAUUGAUGUCUCAGGACCCAAAGUAGAUGUUGAAAUGCCAGAUGUCAAUAUUGAAGGUCCGGAUGCAAAACUGAAGGGCCCCAAGUUCAAGAUGCCAGAGAUGAACAUCAAGGCCCCCAAGAUCUCCAUGCCUGACUUUGAUUUGCAUCUGAAAAGUCCUAAGGUGAAAGGUGAUGUAGAUGUUUCUCUGCCUAAGGUGGAAGGUGACUUAAAGGGCCCUGACGUUGACAUCAAAGGCCCCAAAGUGGAUAUCGAUGUCCCAGACGUGGAUGUUCACGGCCCAGACUGGCACCUGAAGAUGCCCAAGGUGAAAAUGCCCAAGUUCAGCAUGCCGGGCUUCAAAGGAGAGGGCCCAGAUGUGGAUGUGAACCUGCCCAAGGCUGACAUUGAUGUCUCAGGACCCAAGGUGGACAUAGACACUCCUGACAUUGACAUUCAUGGCCCAGAAGGGAAACUCAAGGGCCCCAAGUUCAAAAUGCCUGACCUGCAUCUCAAAGCACCCAAGAUCUCCAUGCCUGAAGUCGACCUGAACCUGAAGGGUCCUAAAGUAAAGGGCGAUGUGGACGUUUCUCUGCCCAAAGUGGAAGGUGACCUCAAGGGCCCUGAACUUGACAUCAAAGGCCCCAAAGUGGACAUCGACGUCCCUGAUGUGGACGUGCAUGGUCCCGACUGGCACCUGAAGAUGCCCAAGGUGAAAAUGCCCAAGUUCAGCAUGCCGGGCUUCAAAGGAGAGGGCCCAGAUGUGGAUGUGAACCUGCCCAAGGCUGACUUUGAUGGUCCAGAUGUGAGUAUCGAAGGUCCAGAUGCGAAACUGAAGGGCCCCAAGUUCAAGAUGCCUGAGAUGAACAUCAAAGCUCCAAAGAUCUCCAUGCCUGACCUUGACUUGAACCUGAAAGGUCCCAAAGUGAAGGGCGAUGUGGAUGUUUCCCUGCCUAAGGUGGAAGGUGACCUCAAGGGCCCUGGAAUUGACAUCAAAGGCCCUAAAGUGGACGUCGAUGUCCCUGAUGUGGAUGUUCACGGUCCCGACUGGCACCUGAAGAUGCCCAAGGUGAAAAUGCCCAAGUUCAGCAUGCCAGGCUUCAAAGGAGAGGGCCCUGAAGUGGAUGUGAACCUCCCUAAAGCUGACAUUGAUAUCUCUGGCCCCAAAGUGGAUAUUGCUGCCCCAGAUCUGAAUAUCGAAGGUCCAGAUGCAAAAUUGAAGGGCCCUAAGUUCAAGAUGCCUGAGAUGAACAUUAAAGCCCCCAAGAUCUCCAUGCCUGACUUUGACUUAAGCCUGAAAGGGCCGAAGGUGAAGGGCGAUGUGGACCUUUCACUGCCUAAGGUGGAAGGUGAUCUGAAAGGACCAGAGGUGGACAUUGAAGGUCCUGAAGGGAAACUCAAGGGCCCCAAGUUUAAGAUGCCUGAUGUGCAUUUCAAAACCCCACAAAUCUCCAUGAGUGACAUUGAUUUGAACUUGAAAGGACCUAAAGUAAAAGGAGAUUUGGACCUUUCCGUUCCUAAACUGGAAGGAGAUCUGAAAGGCCCCAAAGUGGAUAUUAAAGGCCCUAAGCUGGACAUAGACACUCCUGACAUUGACAUUCAUGGCCCGGAAGGGAAACUCAAGGGCCCCAAGUUCAAAAUGCCUGACCUGCAUCUCAAAGCACCCAAGAUCUCCAUGCCUGAAGUUGACCUGAACGUGAAGGGUCCUAAAGUAAAGGGCGAUGACGUUUCCCUGCCUAUGGUGGAAGGUGACCUCAAGGGCCCUGGAAUUGACAUCAAAGGGCCCAAAGUGGACAUCGAUGUCCCUGAUGUGGACAUGCAUGGUCCCGACUGGCACCUGAAGAUGCCCAAGGUGAAAAUGCCCAAGUUCAGCAUGCCGGGCUUCAAAGGAGAGGGCCCUGAUGUGGAUGUGAACCUGCCCAAGGCUGACUUUGAUGUCUCAGGACCCAAGGUGGACAUUGAUGUUCCAGAUGUGAGUAUCGAAGGCCCAGAUGCGAAACUGAAGGGCCCCAAGUUCAAGAUGCCUGAGAUGAACAUCAAAGCUCCGAAGAUCUCCAUGCCAGAUCUUGAUCUGAACCUGAAGGGCCCCAAAAUGAAGGGCGAUGUGGACGUUUCCCUGCCUAUGGUGGAAGGUGACCUCAAGGGCCCUGGAAUUGACAUCAAAGGGCCCAAAGUGGACAUCGAUGUCCCUGAUGUGGACAUGCAUGGUCCCGACUGGCACCUGAAGAUGCCCAAGGUGAAAAUGCCCAAGUUCAGCAUGCCAGGCUUCAAAGGAGAGGGCCCCGAUGUGGAUGUGAACCUGCCCAAGGCUGACUUUGAUGUCUCAGGACCUAAGAUGGACAUUGAUGUCCCAGAUGUGAAUAUUGAAGGGCCAGAUGCGAAACUGAAGGGUCCCAAGUUCAAGAUGCCUGAGAUAAAUAUCAAAGCUCCCAAAAUCUCCAUGCCUGAUGUUGACCUAGAUUUGAAGGGACCCAAAGUCAAAGGAGAUUUUGAUGUGUCUGUCCCUAAGAUUGAAGGUACUUUCAAAGGCCCAGAAGUAGACUUGAAAGGUCCAGGUCUGGAUUUUGAAGGCCCUGAUGCCAAACUCAGUGGCCCACAUUUGAAGAUGCCAUCACUGGAUAUAUCUGCCCCUAAAGUAACUGUUCCUGAUGUUGAUUUGCAUCUCAAGACACCCAAAAUAGGAAUUUCUGGGCCCAAAUUAGAAGGCGGUGAACUGGACCUUAAGGGGCCUAAAGUUGACCUAGAAGCUCCAACCUUAGAUGUACACAUGGAGAGCCCAGAUGUCAACCUUGAGGGGCCAGAUGUUAAAAUUCCCAAACUUAAGAAACCCAAGUUAGGAUUUGGGGCAAAAGGCCCCAAAGCUGACUUCAAGUCACCCUCGGUCGAUGUGACUGUUCCUGAGGCAGAGCUAAACGUCGAGACUCCUGAAAUCAGUGUCGGUGGCAAGGGCAAGAAAAGUAAGUUUAAAAUGCCUAAGAUUCACAUGAGUGGUCCCAAAAUUAAAACCAAGAAACAAGGAUUUGAUUUGAAUGUUCCUGGCGGCGAAAUUGAUGCCAGUCUCAAGGCUCCUGAUGUAGACGUGAAUGUUGCCGGGCCGGAUGCCACACUUAAAGUCGAUGUGAAAUCUCCUAAAACCAAGAAAUCUAUGUUUGGAAAGAUGUACUUCCCUGAUGUAGAAUUUGACAUUAAAUCAUCUAAAUUUAAAGCGGAGGCCUCCCUCCCUAGCCCCAGAAUGGAGGGCGAAAUCCAGGCCUGUGACCUGGAUGUUUCCUCGCCAGGGAUUAAUGUGGACGCACCUGACAUCCACAUUGAAGGCCCAGAUGCUAAAGUCAGAGCACCGUCCUUUGGCAUUUCUGCCCCUCAAGUCUCCAUCCCCGAUGUGAACGUUAGCUUGAAAGGACCAAAGGUAAAGGGUGAUGUCCCCAGUGUGGGCCUGGAAGGACCAGACGUAGAUCUGCAAGGUCCAGAAGCGAAAAUCAAGUUCCCCAAGUUUUCGAUGCCCAAGAUCGGCGUCCCCGGCGUGAAAAUGGAGGGUGGGGGAGCGGAGGUCCAUGCCCAGCUGCCCUCGCUUGAAGGAAAUCUGAGCGCACCGGGUGUUAAGCUGGAAGGGCCUGAUGUGUCUCUGAAGGGGUCAAGAGUAGACUUGCCUUCCGUGAACCUCUCUAUGCCCAAAGUCUCUGGACCUGACCUCGACCUGAACUUGAAAGGACCAAGUGUGAAGGGAGACCUGGCUGUCUCUGGUGACAUCAAGUGCCCUAAAGUAUCAGUAGGUGCUCCGGAUCUAAGCUGGGAGGCACCUGAAGGUGGCAUUAAACUUCCCCAAAUGAAGCUGCCCCAGUUUGGCAUCUCCACUCCAGGGUCUGACUUGGACAUUAACAUCAAAGGGCCCCAGGUUACUGGAGAACUGAAGGGGCCAGGCAUGGAUGUGAACCUCGGAGGCCUCAACUUGAAAGGGCCUCAAAUCUCGGCACCGGACGUGGACUUGAACUUGGAAGGACCAAAAGUGAGAGGGAGCCUCGGGGGCACUGGGGAGCUGCACGGGCCCUCCGUCGGAGGAGGGCUCCCGGGCGUGAGUGUUCACGGCCUGGAAGGGAACCUCCACAUGCCUGGCAUCAAGGCCCCUGCGUGCGGUCUGGAGCUGCAGGGGGGGAAGGUGAGACUCCCCACGGGGCAGGUUUCUGGCCCUGAAAUCAAAGGCGACCUGAAAGGUUCAGGAAUCGGUGUCCACGGGGCCGCUCCCGACAUUAGCGUGAAAGGACCUUCGUUUGCUAUGGCGUCUCCUGAGUCCGAGCUUGGUGUCAGCUUGAAGGGCCCGAAAAUCAAAGGAGGUGUGGAUGUUUCAGGGGGUGUCAGCGCCCCAGACAUCAGCCUGGGUGAAGGGCAUCUGGGCGCCAAAGGUUCUGGGGUCGAGUGGAAAGGCCCCCAGGUCUCUGCUCUCGACCUGGGUGCACCCACGCUGGCCGGUGGACUUCAUUUCUCAGGACCAAAGGUGGAAGGAGGAGGGAAAGGAGGCCAGAUUGGACUCCAGGGUCCUGGGCUGAGCGUGUCCGGGCCGCAGGGUCACUUGGAAAGCAGAUCUGGAAAAGUAACAUUCCCUAAGAUGAAGAUCCCCAAGUUCACCUUCUCUGGCCGCGAGCUGGUUGGCAGAGAAGUGGGGGUGGAUAUCAACUUCCCCAAAGGCGAGGCCGGCGUCCAGGCCGGUGCCGGAGAGGGCGAGUGGGAGGAGUCCGACGUCAAACUGAAGAAGUCCAAAAUCAAAAUGCCCAAGUUCAAUUUCUCCAAACCGAAAGGGAAAGGCGGCGUGACCGGCUCGCCAGAGGCCUCCAUCUCGGGGUCCAAAGGGGACCUGAAGAGCUCGAAGGCCAGCCUGGGCUCUUUGGAAGGAGAGGCAGAGGCCGAAGCGUCUUCGCCCAAAGCCAAGUUCUCCUUGUUUAAAAGCAAGAAGCCGCGGCACCGCUCCAACUCCUUCAGCGACGAAAGAGAGCUCUCGGCGCCGUCCACGCCCACCGGGACUCUGGAGUUCGAAGGCGGCGAAGUGUCGCUGGAAGGCGGAAAGGUCAAAGGGAAACACGGGAAGCUGAAGUUUGGUACCUUUGGUGGAUUAGGGUCAAAGAGCAAAGGUCAUUAUGAGGUGACUGGAAGUGAUGACGAGGCAGGCAAGUUACAGGGGAGCGGGGUGUCCUUGGCCUCUAAGAAGUCCCGACUGUCCUCUUCCUCCAGCAACGACAGUGGGACGAAGGUCGGCAUCCAGCUGCCCGAGGUGGAGCUGGCGGUGUCCACGAAGAAAGAGUAGCCGGCCUCUGUGUACAUACAUGUAUAAAACGCGACAGCCUUGGGUGUGUUUGUAAUAUAACCUCAGAGAGCAGCGCGCCCGCAGCUCAGCAGCAAGGCCAAGAGCUGGCCUCGCAUCGCCCGGGCCCCGGGAGCUCCCGACGCCUCAGAGUCCCAGGUCUGUCCAGCCGCGUGCAGAGUCAACAGUAUUUGCCUUAAGAUUUCUCUUUUUAUUUUUAUUUUUAUUUUUGCAUUGAACGCGGAGAACUCCUGUUUACUACGCCAGCUUUUGUGUUUAUUAUCCUUAUUUUUACUGAACAUGGGUAGCGUUGGGGUCAUCGGAAACCCACUUACUUUCUCAUUGCAAUGACUUUGCGGGUUUUUGUUAGUGAGGGUGGGGUGGGGUAGAAGGCAGUAAAGGGAACCACACCCCCGUUUCUCCUAAGAUUGGGUCCACUCAAACAGCAAGCCCCCCACGAUGGCCAAGAGGAGUGGGCGGGCAGGGCGUGUGGGUGUUUCUUUAGAAACCCUGAGCAUUGCUGUUCCCCCCCCCCCCGCGGUGGGUGUCCCGCCUGCGUGGUGCUCAGGGUGAGAGGGAGUUAGAAUCUGUGUGCAGUUGGGCCGGCCCCCGGCUCAGCGCGGGGGCUUCCCCUCUGGGCAUGGUGAGGGGAGUGUUUUCUUCAUGGCCACCCUGUUCCCGAUACUAGUUCUGGUUUCUUUUAACAAAUGUUACCGUGAUUAAGAACUUCCCCCCGCACUUUAAUGGCAACUUAAUUAAGAAUGUAAGAGAAUCGAUGCUGUCAGAGGCAAAUAAAGCUGUUUAUUAACCUGA